AUGUACGACUAUAAAACAGAGAAAGGCAAUAAAAAUUUACCAUAGUCAUGCAAGCCUGAUAUACACCCUUAAUAGACAAGGCAUGAAUUCGGAUCUAUUGUUUUUGAUAGUCGAUUCGAUUCAGGCAAUUUAGAGAAAGUGGAAAGAAACAGCUCACUUAAGAACAAUCAUUUUAAUCUUUGGAUCUGCAAUGACUGCAAAGGCACUCAAAAAGCAACUAAUUAUAGGACUUGGUUCUACUUUUCUGUGACAGGAGUGAACGCAGAGACAACACUUACUUUCACCAUUAUGAAUCUCAACUUUUAAAAUAAAAUGUUUAGAGAAGGAAUGCAACCAACUUUUAAAAGUUCUUUAUCAAAUGCAUGGUAGAGAGUUAAAUCGAACAUUGCUAGCACUAUGGAAAAUAAUGAUAAUGGAUUAGAAAUUACUUGGACUCAUAAAUUUGAAUCUGCUGAAGAGAAAGUGUGGUUUUCUUUCACAUAUCCUUUCAGCUAUGAAGAUAACGAAAAAUUCUUAAAAGAAUAUGAGUAGGCUUAUGAAAAUGAUAACGAAAUUUAUAUGCAUAGAUGUACAUUAAUUAAAUCAAAGGAGGAUAGAAAAAUUGAGUUACUCACAAUAUCCUCUUAAAGCAAUAAGUUAAACCAGCAAGAGAAGGCCCUACCAAAUUUGUUUACUGAUCCAGAGUCUUCUCGUCCAGCUUUAUUCAAGAAUAAAAAAUAUGUUUUUUUCUCAGCCAGAGUUCAUCCAGGAGAAACUCCAGGUUCUCACGUUUUCAAUGGUAUCAUUAAACUCCUUUUAAACAAAGAUGAUGCCAGAGCCAAAGUUUUAAGAGAUAAUUUUGUAUUCUACUGUAUUCCUAUGAUCAAUCCAGAUGGAGUUUAUAGAGGACACUACAGAACAGAUACAAACGGACUCAAUUUAAACAGAUUUUACAUAAACCCCUCAUAGACCGAACAUCCAUCGGUUUAUGCGAUAAAAGAAUUAAUUUUACAUUUAAAUGAGACUAAGAGACUUCAUUGUUAUAUUGAUUUGCAUGCACAUGCUACUAAAAAGGGUGCUUUCAUUUAUGGAAACUGCCUUGAUCUCAAAGAUCAACUUGAUACUUGUUUAUUCCCAAGACUUCUUUCAUUAAAUUCUCCUUAUUUUGAAUAUGAUUCAUGCAAUUUCACUGAGAAAAAUAUGUAUUGCAAGGACAAGGGAGAUGGACUCUCGAAAGAAGGUGCUGGAAGAGUGGCUUUGUAUAAAGCUACUAAAUUGAAUUUAUGCUACACUCUUGAGUGUAACUAUAAUACAGGGACAUAUACUAAUAAAUUGUUUGAUUACAAUAACACUUAAAGUGAAAACGACAAAAAGGAUCCAGAUUAGUACGAUUAAGAUAUUAUUGUAAACGGAAUCGAUCUCCAACCUUUAAAAAAUACUACAUUUUACACAAUUGAAAUAUUUGAAUAAGUUGGAGAGGGAAUAUGUGAUGCUCUUCUUGAUUACUCCUCUAUUCAUCCUAACUCCAGAAUUCCAAACACUCCAUACAAAUCUUUAGCAAAUAUUAAGAUGAGAAUGGCUUACAAUUUAAUGAGAAUCACUCCAUUUAGAUUUUGCUAAUACUUACGUAAAGUUUUAAGAUAUAUUUCGAUAAAUGAGAAUUUAGAGAGAGUUUUAAAAUGUCUUUGGAUUUAUUUGCACACUGGCAUAAAAAAUGAUAUCGCUGAUAAUACAAAGCCUUUAGUGCAGAAAGCACCUAACGAGAAUUCUAAUAAGCUAAAUCCUUUAAAGAGAUAGGCAACUAUGUAAAAAAAAUAAAUUACAUCAGAUAAAAACUAAACACCUAACCCAUCUUUGCUGUCUAAGAAGUAGAUUAAUGCGAGCUAGGAAAGGAAAAUAGUUUAAUUGCCUACUUCUUAACUUAUUGGACCAACUAGCCCAGAAAAUGAAAUAAAAAUAAUUUCAGAAAUGCUAAUAAAUGUGAAUAAUUAUAAUAAAAAACGACCAUUAAGUUAGAGAUAAGAAAGACAAGUCAGUAUUUUCUAAGAUAUCAACAUACUUGAAGGUAAAAGGUAUUACAAUAUAGAAACAGAUCAAACAAAUCAAAAUAAUAAUGAUGCUGAAGAUGACUAAAGCGAAGGUGGACAAGAAGAAAAAGAAGAAAUAAAAAAUUUCAAUGAUUAACAAAUUCAAAGCUAUUAAUUCAAAAAUUAUAAUCUUGUAGGAUAAAAUAACUAAUCGCAAUAAGCUUAUUUUUCUGAAAAUAAUAUUACUCAAGAGUAUACUCCUUAGUCUGUAAAUAUAAACAGAGAGAAAAUUAAGAAAAUAGUUUCAAAUACUCCUUAUAUGCAAAAACUCGACGAGAGUUUUUCCCAGAGUAUGAAUUGUAAUUUAAUUUCAGAUAAAAUUGAUGAUUUAGUCAAUCAGCAAGGAAAAUUUGCAAGAUAAACUGAAUAUUAAAUGCCUUAAUUGAGUAUUUAAGAACAGUACAAAAUGACAUAAGCACUCCCAAAAAGACCCACUUCUAAAAGAUUGAAUCACUCUUACAUAAGAAAAAACACAAUUUAAUAAAUUUAACCAGUUUUAAUGCAGCAAUAAAAUACCAAUAAGCCAUUAAAUGACCUCAGUAAUUAAUAUGAUUAAAAUUAUUCCUUAAACAACUAAAAUUAAACAAUCAGCUCUAAUUAAAACAUCUUUAGUCCUUAAUCAUAGCCUUCCAAUCUUACAUAAAACCAAGAAAACAAAGAUUCUCUCAAAUUUAAUAUGAUAAAAGUGUCUGACAGCAAGCCAUACAUUUCAGAAUUUGAUGAUCGUUUUGCUAAAAUAUAAAAUUAUGCUUCUCAAAAAGUUGAAGAAAUUGCUACAAAGCCUAAAAAAAUAUAAGUCCAACAAUAAUAGCAGCAACAAAGUAUUGUAAAGUAAACUAGAAUUAUAAUAGAUACACUGUCAAAGAAUAAAUAAAGAAGCGAAAGCUAAAAGCCUUACACAGUUGCAAAAUAAAAUAUGCAAAUAAAUAAUAGAUCAAAGAGUCGUAACACACAAAAAAUACUUCCAAAAAAGAAAGUAAGCUGA